CCAUGAGUGUACAGUUAACAGCUUCACUGUUGUACGUCCGCAUUUCUUCUGCAACACAGACGUAUUUUCGCUGUGUGAAGGUUCAAGUAUCCUGUUUUCCUGAUCUGGAUCUAAUGUUCAAGGUAGACGAUAAUACCACUGGACUGAAUACAUCCUCUUUCAUGGUAUUCUGUUUGAAUAUCAUUUGACUGAAAUAAUCCGUCUUUGUGGUAUUCUACUUGGCGGAUCUUGGUCUAAUGUUACGGGUGGACGAGAAUACCACUAGACUGAAUUAAUCCUUGGUAUUCUGCUUAGACUAUCUGGGUCUGCCAAUGUGUAGGAUGUUCAGGGUUGACCUCAGCGGUGACGAGGAGGCAUCCAGAAGAUGUCAGCUAAAGGGAGAGUACAGCCUUUGGGUGAAGGACUCAAGCUUUUGCCUCUGCGACAUUACAUCCGACCACGUCUUGUAUGAAUGGCCGUACUCUUACAUACGCAGGUUUGGGAAAAAGAGACAGGCGUUCUAUUUUGAAGCCGGAAGAAGAUGUUCAUCUGGGGAAGGUGUUUUUACGAUGAAAACAAACCAACAUAUUCAAAUCUUCCAAGCUGCUAAAGAAAAAACGACAUGGAAAUCACCAAAAGAACAUGCAGUAUUGCCAAAGACCACUUUGGAUGGAUGCAGAGAAAUUCCAGCUUACGAAAAUCUGCUCAAAGAAGACGUGGAACAGAAAGCUGUCGGGGCUGAUGACAGUGAUCACACGUACGUGAACCUCAACAGCCUAAAGGAGCAAUACUUUGCGAGACGUCACGUGGAUAAAGUUGUCGGUGCUUACAGCGAACCAGACACCACAGGUACAUACUUAACGGCUAUUCCAGACAAACAGGAAUACCGAAGAGCGAUGUCAAAGGAUGCCAUAUCUUCUACGUCUGAUAUAGAACACGUAUACAGCGUGCCAUACAGUACCUAGACUGAAGCAAUUAGCGAACAGUUCUGUUGUUAAACAUGGUAUGUUUAUAUUUGACCUACUUACAAAAACAUCUAAACGUUGAGAAAGUUAUAUCAGGAUGCCCCGUGAAGCUCCAGGUUGAAACUGACCUUGUGUAACUAAGCUCUUCGUUGUCGGGAUCAGGUUGUCGUUGACUAGGUUGAUGCAUGUCAUCGUAUUCCAAUAGCGCUGAUCGAUGAUUAUGAUGUCAAUCACAUGAUUGUCUGGUCCAGACUGGAAUAUUUACAGCUGGAACAUUGCUGAAUGCGACAGUAACAACAAAAGAAACAGCAGCGUUGUUUGUCGUAAGAGGCGGUUUGUCAUCGCCAUAACUGCUCGUAGGUUUCUGCUUGCACCAUGUCCGCCGUUCCUUUCACAUUAAGCUGAAGCACUGUGAUAUAAGUGAAAUACUGUCCAAAGCGGUUUUAAACUCAACAGGAACUAACAUGAUCGACCGGUCAGUAUGGUUGACGUUGUUGUGUCAUCGUUUCCCAAAUGCAGAGAUCGUUCAGAGGUGAGGUGAAAUGGAAUUUAACGUCAUGCUAGAGAAAAUAUUUCGCUCAUAUCACGACGUGCAUGCAUGUGUAUGUG